GCCAAUUCUGACGCCCCAUAUAAAGAGACGUGCGCCGGGAGUGGUCGACAUCAUUAAGUCGACGUCUUUGCCAGAGUCGGGCGGAUAUAUAGUCGUCAGUCUCCAAUCGCAGUCCAGAGCUUCCUGUGCGGCACGUGCCACUCCAUCCAAUCCUCAAGAAGUCCCAGUCCGAAAGGAAGUGAUUCUACAAUGGCAGGCAAACUCCUGAAAGUCUUCUCCCUUCUGGCCGUUGCUGCAUCGUGUAGUGCAGGAUUCGCGGCCACUUAUGCCGGUUACCACCCGGCCUAUGCCACCUAUCAGGCUCCAGCGGCUGUCUAUCAUGCCGCUCCAGUGGCCCAAGCGGCUGUCUACCAUCAGGCAGCUCCUGUUUUCGCCAAGGCAGUGGUGCCAGCUGCUCCCGUGUACACCAGAUCCUAUGCCCUGCCUGCUCCUCUUGCCGCUCCUGUGGUGAAAACUCUAGCUGCCGCUCCUGUGGUUGCUGCUCCUGUGGUGAAAACUCUGGCCGCUGCUCCUGUGGUUGCUGCCCCCGUUUUGAAGCAGGUGGAGCUGGAGUCCUCGCCGCGCUACGACUUCUCCUACGGCGUCCACGACAGCAUCACCGGGGACAUCAAGAGCCAGGUGGAGACCCGUGACGGUGGCAAUGUGGUGGGCUCCUAUUCCGUUCUGGAUGCCGAUGGCUACAAGCGCACGGUGACCUACACCGCCGACGAUAUCAACGGUUUUAAUGCGGUGGUGCAGCGCGAACCAGUGGUGGCUGCUCGUGCUGUAGCUGUUCCGGCUCCAGUGGUUUCAGUGGCUGCCCCUGCUCCUCUUCCCGUUCACGUUCCCGUUGCCGCUCCUGUGGCCGCCUCGCUGCCCGCCCCCAUCUACUACCCCCACCAGCAGGCUUUUGCCCCCCAGCAAGUGCAGCAGAUCGCCGAGCAGCAGGGUGAGGGGGUGGAGGCACCUGUGGCCACUCAGCCCGAGCUGGAGCCCACGCCCAUCGACUACAACGAGGGUCAGCAGCAGCAGCAACAGCAACAUGAGACCUAUCCCCAGGACCAGCAGUUCCCGCCCUUCUCCCAGGCUGGCCAAUCCUCUCCAGCUCCCGAUAGCGAUGAUUCCGAUGUGGUGGAGGCACGAUCUGCACCCGAAGCCAGCAGCAGCACCACCUCCACCACCGCUGCUCCAGUCACAGAAGAAAACAAGGCCUAGACAUGACCUGAAAUAUUGUUGAAAUUAAU